CACGUCCUUCAAACGUUUCGUCGUAAGUUAGGUACUUAUUGUGGCGGUUUCAUGUGUGUUUUCGCGGUGUCGAUGUGAUCGCGAAUUUGAAAAAUUUUCUCUUUUUUGAAAUGGUUUUAGAAACUUUAGAGCCCACAGUGGGCAUGAAAUGUAUUCAACAUAUUUUAUUAGCGUUUAAUGCGAUAUUCACAUUUACAGGUGUCAUUCUGAUAUCAGUUGGCAGCACAGUCAAUAAUAUAUUUACCGAUUAUGCUGCAUUCGUGGAAGAUCGAUUUUUCUCACCAUCCAUCGUGAUAAUCAGCAUCGGAGUUCUGGUUUUGGUCAUCGCCUUGUUCGGAUGUUAUGGAGCUUUUAAACUGAGCGUAGCUGCUAUUAUGGUGUAUUGCAUCCUACUAGCAGCAGUUUUCCUUAUGGAAGCAGUGGUAGGUAUAGCCGGAUACAUUUUGGAAGACCAAAUAGCUGACAUGUUGGUAAAAACAAUGAAUCAAACUUUGCAAGAUUACGAGUCAGAUCCAGUCACUGCAUACACGGUUGAUGCUCUUCAAUACGAAUUACACUGUUGCGGUAUAAGAGGACCUCAAGAUUGGAUGUCAGUUGAUAUUUUACCACCGUUUUCUUGCUGCGCUUACUUCGAUCGUGGCAUUUGCAUUGCUGUUAAAAGGAUGGGAUGUUUACCUCAAUUGGAAUACCUAUUGGACCAAAGCAGUUUAUUAUUAACAUCAACUGUCUUGAUGAUCGCGCUUAUGCAGCUCUUAGGUGUUGUAUUCGCUUUCAAACUUGGACGUCAGUUAAGAAAGCAGAAAUCGUUGCGUGAUCGUUUCAAGUGGGAAGUCAAAGAGAGCAUUAUAUCUGGCCAUUUUGAUGUACAAAAAGUUGCUACGGUGGACCCCGAGUAUUCUAGAUUGCCAUCGUAUUCGGAAUUAUUCUCCGCCACCAACGAAGUUCCCGUAACUAAUGAAAAACCAGAAAAUAAAUAAAUAUGUACAUAUUAUCUAAGCUACAAUUUUUGCAUUUAUAAAAUUCAUCUUUCAAGAAACAACGUACAAUGUUAUUACCAGUAUUUAUUAAGCAUUAUUCCAUUAUUUUAAAUUUUAAUAAAUCGCGUAAAAAUGUAAUUUUUUUUUCAAUUCAUUUUUUGAGUGUUGAAAAUUCAAAUUACUUGUAGCGAAACCGAGUUCCUUUACGAUGUAUUUUACUAAAAAGUGAACGUAGUUUGUAAAAUCGCGAAAAAAAAGUGUAAAUCAUGCUUUAAUAUAAUGUAUUUUAUUUCUUA